GAUCGCAUAACAGGUAGUUGUUGUUACCUGUAGGGCGGCCUCCACAGGUGAGCUGACGGUUACUGCGGACCAACUCCCCGAUACGCGCAAUUAAAGAAAGACACAAAAGUUGUCCUUAGUUGUUCAUUCGACGCGAGGAGGAAUUUUGUGUGAGUUUGUUGCUUUCUUAUUUUUUCUGCGGGGGUAGAGCGUGAAAGAGGGUCUCCGUGUGGGAACAACAAGGAGCAGAUAUGAGUUACAGCGGCUUCGCCUCGGUGUUCCUGCUUUUAUGCGCAGCAGCAGGUGCAAGCGGGUUUUCAGUCACGACCUCAAAUGCAAAUGUGCAGGUGAAAGAGAAUGCAGGUGUUGAUCUGACAUGCACAUAUUCAGCAGACUUUGGCUCAGACGCCAGGGUUGAGUGGAAAUUUAGGGAUUUGAAAGGCUCACAGACAUAUGUGGUUUUUGAUGGGAAACCAACUGAGCCGUAUUCCAGCCGUGUGACACUGUAUGGUGGCAGUAAUCUGAGAUUUUCCAAGGUGACUCGCAAGGACACUGGAGUGUACGACUGUGAGGUGUCGAGCACUAAUAGCCAAUUUGGGGAAGCCUCUGUGAAGCUGACUGUUCUGGUGCCACCUUCUCCACCACUGUGUAGGGUCCCUACUUCAGUGACGACAGGCAAAACAGCUGUUCUGUCCUGCAGUGAUCCCGAUGCUUCACCUCCUCCCAAAUACAAGUGGUACAAAGAUGGCGUCCUUCUGCCCAGUGAACCUAGCAAGAUUGCUGGCUUCCAAAAUGCCACCUACAGACUAAACCCAGACAAUGGCAACCUGGAGUUUGAUUCUGCAACCAAGAUGGACACAGGUGUGUACUACUGUGAGGCAACCAAUUCUGCAGGUCCUCCUCAGAGCUGCAAAUCUCUGAGAAUGGAAGUCCGUGACCUAAACACUGGAGGAAUUGUUGCUGCAGUGAUAAUAGUUCUGCUGAUUCUUGCCUUACUGGCAGUUGGCAUUUGGUAUGCCAACAAGAAGGGAUACCUGCCCAAGAAGAGUGAAAGCAAAUCAAAGUCCAAUGCGGUCUACCAACCCCCUUCACUGUAUGGUGGUGGUGACGAUGAAGAUGGGGAUUUCAAACAGAAGUCGUCGUUUGUGGUAUAGUCUGCAAUCAAGAGUCACACCAGCGACCUCUUUGCUUCUUAAUAUGUCUCAGUGUGUGGUUUUUCCGGAAUUUUUAAGUAGCAGGUUUAAUAGAGAUACACCUACACCUCCUGUGUACAUUGUACGUUUUCUGUGAAAUGAGAUUACUUUUGACCAAUAUUACCUUCAAAUAUUUCUUUUGCAUAUGAUUGAGCGCAUUGUUGCUGUGUGCUUUUCAUCUUCCAUCUCUACUAAACUGGAGCAGUUUUUUCUGUUAAAUCAUUAUCUUCAUAUAAACAGCUCUUAACAGUGUUUGUUGCUCAGUUGAGGUUCAUAGCUGAGUGUCACUGAGAGGUGUUGUCCUUUUUUUUUUUAAAGGCAAAUUUAUUGUAAUGUGCAAGAUUCUUUUUCUGUCAGUGUGUCUUUUUCUUGUAAAUAACUUGACUGUUUUUACAUUUGUAGUUUAGAUCAAUUUGUUGGUUUGUAGCGGUUGACCCUGAGCUUUCUGAUAUUAGCUAGAAACUCUGAGUUUAAUCUUUGGGGUCAAUUAUGGAGGCUGUUGGAAUGACAUUGAUAUUUUAGUUUUCAUUCCUUUGAAUCGUUUAACUUCUAACUAUUUUUAAUCGGCUAGUGUUUUCCGAGACAUGAACUUCCAGAUGAAGAUGUCAGCUGCGAUGCUGCACAUCUUAGUGAAUUGGAUAUCUUUGUAAGUCAAGGCAAGUUUUUGCUGUCUUGCUAAUAAGGCGUCAUGUGUGGUCUAAACAUAAUUGAUUACACACAAGUACCCCAUGACAUGAUUCGAAAUUUUUCUUAAAUCGUUUACCUACCACUAAAAGGCCUUAGUUUUGGUUCAGUUGUUUUCCUUGAUGUCUACAAAUACUCGCGUCAUGUGCUGAAAAUGGUUUCAUAAAGACAGAACAUGCAUAUCAUGACAUUAUAAUGACUAUCGGGUUCAAUAUUUAAAUUAUUCAAUUUUUUUACAUUAUAUUUUCCUUUGUAUACAUUUUUGAGCUGAUGAAUGUAAUGUUGUGUAUAUAUAAUAAAAAAAAGUUGUUAAAUGA